AUGGCACUUCUCCAGAGUUUGAGUGUUGCGUCCAUAUUCGUCCAUGGGGCUGCAUCAAGACUGCUACCGAGACAAAUAUCAAUACCAAGUGAUCUGCCAAACAACUGGACAUAUGUCGGAUGCUAUGUCGAUAACCUGGAUGGGAGAGCCCUUCCACUCGAUCAAUAUAAUAAUGGCACAUCCAUGACCGAUCAGAGUUGUAUCCUGUACUGCAUGGACAGGGGCUACCCAUUCGCUGGGACAGAGUAUGGAUCAGAAUGCUACUGCGGAGAGAAGGUCGACGAAGCUGCGACCAAAGUUUCUGACACGGAUUGUUCUGUAGCUUGCGCCGGAGAUGCUACCCAGCCAUGCGGUGCAGGCAACAGACUAAGUGUAUUCAGCGGUGCAGUAUCAGAACCUAUUCCUCCAGCACCUAUUGACGGUUGGGCCUAUGAGGGAUGCUUCAGUGACGGGCCCGGAAGGACCCUUACAUAUGGAGCCCAGGUACCCGGAGGCUCUGCUACGAUGACCAAUGAAUUAUGUACUGCAGCAUGUGGCUCCGCCGGUUAUCCUCUUGCGGGAACGGAAUAUUCUGGUGAAUGCUACUGUGGUCAAGUAUACUCUAAUGGCGGAGCCCAAGUCGACAAUGGCUGCUCGAUGGUUUGCAAUGGCAACUCUUCAGAGGUUUGUGGCGGAUCUAGUCGGCUGAGUGUAUGGUCCCGUAUUGGCUCUGGGUCGAGUCCGACUUCCACUAUUUCAGCAACAGCAGUGCCGUCCCCAACAGGCUCAGGCACUGCUGUUCUUCUUCCUGAAGACUGGUCAUACCAGGGCUGCUACAGUGAAGGCUCGAGCGGACGUGCUUUUCUGAACCAGCAACCGGACAGCCAGACCCUGACGAUUGAAUCAUGUGUUGAUGCAUGCAUUGGUCUUGGAUAUAGUGUCGCCGGUAUGGAAUAUGCCGCGCAAUGCUUCUGUGAUAACUACUUGCGUAAUGGUGCAGCGAUCGUUCCAGAUACGGAUUGCAGCAUGGCAUGCUCUGGUGACGCGUCCGAAAAGUGUGGUGCAGGUAGUCGCCUUUCAAUUUACUCUAAUGCCACGCUUGUGAUCUAUCAGCCACCAAAACCUCAAACAACCGAUCUUCCUGGUGCUUGGGAAUAUGUUGGCUGCAUCCUGGAUGACAUCGCAGCACGAACGCUUCCCUGGAUGUCGAUAGACUUGGAAAACGCAACAGUGUCUGCCUGCAUAGCGGGAUGCAGCAAUUAUGGCUACGAGGCAGGUGGUCUCGAGUAUGGCUACCAAUGCUUUUGUGGAGACAUCGCGAAUGUUGUCAAUCAGGGCCGUGAUACACUACAACCAGAAUCGGAUUGCAAUGUCCCAUGCUCUGGUGAUCCCACACAUCUAUGCGGUGGCGGCAAUCGAUUGUCAUACUAUCGAUGGGCUGGUGACACAUUGACGACUUGGUCAUAUGCUCAAGGGGCUGCUGCCGGAAGCUACGAUUUCAUCAUGUCUAGUCCGAUCAUCCCUCUUAUUAGUACGGUCGGCAUUAAUGAAAAGGUGGUAUUUGUUGAGAAGCAUGGAACUUCGAAAGAGAACAACAGCACAGGUUCCUUUGAGUUUGAUCCCAGUCUCGCACCUGACUAUGGGACCGCCUUCCGUGAACUGCAGCUCAAGACCGAUGUGUUCUGCUCUGCUUCACUUGUACUUCCAGACAAAUCCGGACGCCAGAUCAAUAUUGGAGGCUGGGCUCUAGAGGACUUGCAUGGUGUACGUCUCUUCACACCAAACUCUAGUCUAGGGGUCCAAGGCACAACGCAAUGGGAGGAAGAUGUCACAACACUCCGCCUCUUGGACCCAAGAUGGUAUCCAACAGCGACCAUGAUGUCUAAUGGAAGCAUCUUCGUCGUUGGGGGUGAGAACGGUUCCGACGGUCCUAUGGUGCCCAGCGCUGAAGUCUUGCCCAGGCCUGCAGGCGUGGCGGCAGCAACACAUCUCGAUUAUCUCGAAGAAACGAACAUCAAGGUCAACUCAUACCCCUUCGCAGCGGUUCUUCCAUCUGGAAAUAUGUUCUUUGCGCAGUAUAAUGAGGCAAGAAUCAUCUCCCAGGUUGAUUUCAGCACGAUCAGGAUUUUACCUCAGAUGCCAGGCGCCGUCAAUAACCCAGACUCUGGAAGGAACUAUCCAUUGCAAGGUACACUGGCUCUUUUGCCCCAAUAUGCACCAUACACCGAUCCUCUGGAGGUUCUGGUUUGUGGUGGAACUACUGAUGGCGCGAACUUUGCCUUGGACAAUUGCAUCCGAACUCAGCCAGACGUGGCUGGUGCCGAAUGGUCCAUCGAAAGAAUGCCCUCCACUAGAGUUGUCUCAUGCAUGGUCGCAUUGCCAGAUGGUCGUUACGUGAUCAUGAACGGAGCCUACAAUGGACGCGCUGGCUUUGGCUUAGCAACUAAUCCUAACAAGGGAGCCGUGUUAUAUGACCCCACGAAACCCCUUGGCGAACGAAUGACGCAAUUAGCAAACAGCACGAUCGCUAGACUGUAUCACUCGGAGGCGGUCCUCAUGAAUGACGGCCGAAUCCUUGUUUCUGGCUCUGACCCGGAAGAUGACGUCAACGUUCAGGAACACCGAUUGGAGUACUUCUCACCCGACUACAUACUUUCAGGUGCCCCCAAGCCAACGUUCACUAUUGAGAACAAAGAUUGGGCUUACGGCGAGACCGUAUCCUUCACCCUGACCUCCGCAUUCACUGGCGCUAUCAGAGUAUCUCUACUCGCCGCUGUGGGCUCUACGCAUGGUAAUAACAUGGGCCAACGGACACUGUUCCCGGCCGUCAGCUGCAGUGGAAAUCAGUGCACAGUUGAGGCACCACCAACUGCUAAUGUGAGCCCUCCUGCUUGGUAUCAGAUGUUUGUUCUGGACGGGCCGACGCCAAGCCAUGCAACUUGGGUUAGGAUAGGAGGCGAUCCUGCUGGCAUUGGCAAUUGGCCGAAUCUCCCUGGUUUCACGACGCCCGGUGUCUAG